AUGCACCUAGAACCGCAGCACGAGGCAGCUGCUGCUGCUGCAGUUGCUGCUUCGGCUUGCUGCUGCUCUGCUGUCGUUGCUGCUACUGUUGCUGUUGUUGCUGCAGCAGCAGCUAGUGCAGCAGCAGCAGCAGCAGCUAGUGCAGCAGCAGCAGCAGCAGCUAGUGCAGCAGCUAGUGCAGCAGCAGCAGCAGCAGCUAGUGCAGCAGCAGCAGCAGCAGCUAGUGCUAGUGCAGCAGCAGCAGCAGCAGCUAGUGCAGCAGCAGCAGCAGCAGCUAGUGCAGCAGCGCUGCUGCUGUUGCUGUUGCUGCUGCUGCUGCUGCUGCUGCUGCUGCAGCGCCACGGCCGUUUCUUUGCAGCAAAGGCAAAUGCAACGGGCAGUCUGCAGCAGCAACUGCAGCAGCAGCAGCAAGUGCAGCAGCAGCAGCAGCAGCAGCAGCUAGUGCAGCAGCAGCAGCAGCAGCUAGUGCAGCAGCAGCAGCAGCAGCUAGUGCAGCAGCAGCAACAGCAAGAAAACGAGUGA